AUGUCACAUCUCAUCACACCGACACUGGCAGGAGGAACAGAGGAAAAGAGGAAAGAUGAACAGAGGAAAGAGGAACAGAGGACAGAGGGACAGAGGAAAAGAGGAAAGAGGAACAGAAGGAACAGAGGAAAAGAGGAACAGAGGACAGAGGAACAGAGGAAAAGAGGAACAGAGGAAAAGAGGAAAAGAGGA